AUGCCGGGAAUUGUGGUCUUGGCGGAGGCGGUGCGGCGCCACGGCGCGUGGCAGGAAGCGGAAGCGGCCCGCGACCCGCCCCCGGCCCCGCCCCGCGCCGCUCGCCGCGCCGCUCGCCGCGGUGCUAGCACUGACGUGUCUCUCGGCGAAGGUGCUGCGCUCCGUAGCGGGCUGGGCCGCGGGCAGUGUCACCUCACUCGGAGUGGAGCGGAGCAGAAGCGGGACCCGGAGCCUGAACAGCCGCCGCCAUGGCGAGUGAGUCCCUCGGGGCAGCCGCGGCAAAGCCGGGAAGGAUCAGAUCGCCCUUCCCCUCACCGGUCCGGGCGAGCGCCCACCCACCGGGCCCUCCCGGGUCCCCUCAGAACGAGGCUUCCCCAGGGAGCACAGGAGGUUUUUACGUGCCCUAACUCUGCUUUUGUUUCUCCCAUCAAAGUCAAAUUUCUGGAAGUCAUCAAGCCCUUCUGUGUCAUCCUGCCGGAAAUUCAGAAGCCGGAGAGGAAGAUUCAGUUUAAGGAGAAAGUGCUGUGGACCGCAAUCACCCUCUUUAUCUUCUUAGUAUGCUGCCAGAUUCCCCUGUUCGGAAUCAUGUCUUCAGAUUCAGCUGACCCUUUCUAUUGGAUGAGAGUGAUUCUGGCCUCUAACAGAGGCACAUUGAUGGAGCUGGGUAUCUCUCCCAUUGUCACCUCCGGCCUCAUCAUGCAGCUCUUGGCUGGUGCCAAAAUAAUUGAAGUCGGUGACACCCCAAAAGACCGAGCUCUCUUCAAUGGAGCCCAAAAGUUAUUCGGCAUGAUCAUUACUAUCGGCCAGUCCAUCGUGUAUGUGAUGACAGGAAUGUACGGAGACCCUUCUGAGAUGGGUGCUGGAAUCUGCCUGUUAAUCACCAUCCAGCUCUUCGUCGCUGGCUUAAUUGUCUUACUUUUGGAUGAACUUCUGCAAAAAGGGUACGGCCUGGGCUCUGGGAUUUCCCUCUUCAUUGCCACUAACAUCUGCGAGACCAUUGUGUGGAAGGCGUUCAGCCCCACCACUGUGAACACCGGCCGAGGAAUGGAAUUCGAAGGUGCCAUCAUCGCACUGUUCCAUCUGCUGGCCACACGCACUGACAAGGUCCGAGCCCUUCGAGAGGCCUUCUACCGCCAGAAUCUCCCCAACCUCAUGAACCUGAUCGCCACCAUCUUCGUCUUUGCAGUGGUGAUCUAUUUCCAGGGCUUCCGCGUGGACCUGCCCAUCAAGUCGGCCCGGUACCGAGGCCAGUACAACACGUACCCUAUCAAGCUCUUCUACACCUCCAACAUCCCCAUCAUCCUGCAGUCCGCCCUGGUGUCCAACCUGUACGUCAUCUCCCAGAUGCUGUCCGCCCGCUUCAGUGGCAACCUGCUGGUCAGCCUCCUCGGCACUUGGUCUGAUACUUCUUCCGGGGGUCCCGCACGUGCUUAUCCGGUUGGUGGCCUGUGCUAUUACCUGUCCCCUCCAGAGUCUUUCGGCUCCGUGCUAGAAGACCCCGUCCAUGCCGUGGUGUACAUAGUGUUCAUGCUCGGUUCUUGUGCGUUCUUCUCCAAAACUUGGAUUGAGGUCUCGGGCUCUUCCGCCAAAGAUGUUGCAAAGCAGCUAAAGGAACAGCAGAUGGUGAUGAGGGGCCACCGAGAGACUUCCAUGGUCCAUGAGCUCAAUCGGUACAUCCCCACCGCCGCAGCCUUCGGCGGGCUGUGCAUCGGGGCCCUCUCCGUCCUGGCCGACUUCCUGGGCGCCAUCGGGUCUGGAACCGGGAUCUUGCUCGCGGUCACGAUCAUCUACCAGUACUUUGAAAUCUUCGUGAAGGAGCAGAGCGAGGUCGGCAGCAUGGGGGCCCUUCUGUUCUGAGCCCUGUCUCCCCGGACCAGGGAGAGGGGCCGUGCACGGAAUUGUGGGGGAAGGGAACAGCAAGACCUCACCGUGGGGUGCUCAUCACAGGGAGUGCUGCUAC